ACCUCAGUAUUGACAUCCAUCUGUAAAGCUAACCGUAAUAAAAGUGUGCAGUCAAAGACAUGAUGAAAUUUUUUUCAAAGUGUUAAUAAACUAUUAAUAUAUUUUUAUUUUGCUGUGAUGUUGCCGAAAUCGCCAAAAUCAUCAUUCUGGAAAUUUUUAAAAGGAAGUGCUAAAGUAUUAUUCGUCGCGGAAGCUGUUUGCUUUGCAGCCUCUUACGGAGUAUAUUAUCGUAUGAACACAAAUCGUGAGUUCCGCCACUAUAUCAACGACAACUUCCCAUUUGCACUAGAUUACUACUAUAAAGUGGGCGAGGUUUUGGGUAAUAGCAACUUGAGGCAAGUCGAUUCCGCAAUCUGGCGAGCUGAGAGCGAAAAACGAGAAUAAUCAAAUAAUUUGGGUACAUUACGUUUUUAACAAAUCUAUACUCCCACAAAACUAUCACCAAGUCUAAAAUUAGCGCUUGUGUAAAAGUUCUAUAUAAUUAUUUAUAUUAAAUCACCACUAUAAUUCAAUUAAAUUUCUAAAUGGCAAGCAAUCCGUAUGUUAAAUCUCUAAUCUGGUUAGUUUGUUCAGGCGGCGUCGGGUACGGACUUAUGUUGCUUACCGAACCAUCUGAGGAGAAAAUAGAGCGCAUAAAAGCCACAGGAGGUCCAGCACAUCUAACCAAGGAAGAACUUAAAAAGUUACAAUUUAUGCAACGUAUGCGUGAGGCGGCUACUGGUGAAGCACCGCCUAUUUACAUGCAGAAGAAGGAAAAGUAAACUCAAAAGCACCACCAACUUGAAAGUGAUUCUACGUUAACACAUACAGCAAGAUGAGUGCAAAUUUUCAUGACAGUGGCACUACUUUGAAUAGUGGGGAGAAUGCCGAUUCUAAGAAGGAAAACAUAUUGGAGCGUUUAAAUAAGCGCAAUAAAGAACGCCAAAAUUAUUUAGACGUAAAAAUAGAGCAACGUAAUAAGGAAAAUGUCGAAUUGGAAGGUACUGAUUAUUUUGCUCAAACAUUUACUGAACGUGCCCGAGCAAUAGAAGAAGAAAUACAAAAUAUAUCGCUAAUAUCAGCUGCUACAGAUAGAGCAACUUCUAAUACUGCGGAUUUAACACGCAUAUUUGCUGAUCUAACGAUACAAAUUCAAGAAUUGCAACGUUAUCUUACCACAUCAACAAUGUUUCUUACAGACUUUAAAAUUAAAGCCUGUCAGAAUACGCUUAAUGACUUAAGUAGCAGCUGCGAAGAGUGUCGUUUGCGAUUGAUACCGAAAAAGAAGUUUGGAUUUAGUGGAAAAAAAGUAGCACCGAAGGUAUUAGUCAAUCCAAGAGUUGUGAACAUUUCUACCGAUAAAGUUGAUAUGCCAGAAAAAUCAAAAACUGACAACACUUCAUUCACCUGGACGUUAUCGAAUAGAGAAGAUGAAUAUAUUUGCCUCGAAGGUGAUGAACUAAACAAUAAAGAUAUAACAAUUUCUAACCUAAAAAAUUGUUUUGUUGAGCUUUGUGGUCAUGCAGGAUCAGUACAAAUAUCGCAGGCCAUCGACUGUACAUUCCUUUGUGGGCCAAUUUCACGUUCGCUAUUUGCGGAAAAUUGUGAGCGUACAACGCUAGCUUUAGCUUGCCAACAGCUCCGAUUACAUUCUUCAAACAUUUGUCGCAUAUAUUUACACGUCACAUGUCGAGCUAUUAUUGAAGAUUGUACGCAAAUUGAAAUAGCAAACUAUAAUUAUAAUUACGCUACAAUCGAUGAGGACUUUCAAUUGGCAGGAUUAGACAAAGCUCAAAACAAUUAUACAGAUAUCGCAGAUUUUAAUUGGUUGUCACCUGAUGUACCGUCACCUAACUGGACGCUACUCAAAGAAACACCCUUGCCUUCCUGGAGUGAACUGCGUAGCCAAAAGCAACAAAAGUCUAAAUUUUUAUAGUGUAUAGUAAAGCACAAAUGUCAAGCAAUGGCAGUAAAUUGGCGUUGGACUUUUAUAUGGUUGACUCUAGCUUUGUUGCUACUUCUGUUGCUUAUUGAGUAUUUGCCUUUAUUUUCAUCUGUCGUAAAAGAAGGGUUUUGUCUCUUGCUAUUAUCACCAGCAGCAACUCCAGUAAAUUAGGUGGCAUAAUUAUAUACAUAUACAUAACUGUACAUUUAAAUGGCAAUGUUUUUUAAUUCAUAUGUGGUAUGCGAUUUUGUAUGAGAAUUAAUUGUAUGUAAGUUGUUAUAUUGUAAAUGCAGGUUGGUUUUUUGGAAAUGUCCUUGCUGUAAAAAUUUAGAUUGUAGAAGCACUUUCAUUUUAUUUACUUAAUAAAUGAUCAAUAAAAUACUAAUUGCUUAAA